GCAGGCAGAGCCGCGGAGAGCUGCCUCCAAUCAGGCGCGGACGCGGUUCGGCUCGGCAGCGCCCAGCACAGUGCCCUCCUGUCUCCUACCUCUCCACUACCCACACUCCCACUUCCCACUCCGGCUGCUGCUAGAGGGGAGGACCUGAGCUCGGGAGCGCCGAGGUGUUGAGGGGGCUGGGAGAUGGAGCAAGAUUCGGCGAGGAGGAGGCUCGCAUUGCUGGCGCUGUGCUCGGCGCUGCUUCUUCUGGCGGCGCCCGCUCGCCCGGCCUCGGCCGCCGCGUUGGAGGAUGGUCUGCUCAGCAAUGGUGACUUUGAGACAGAGCCAGCCGGUGGUUUUGUCAAAUCUGCUUCUGUUGCUGAGGGUGCAUCAUCAAUCCCCAGUUGGACGAUCAAUGGCACAGUUGAGCUCAUUUCAGCAGGCCAGCAUCAGGGUGUCAUGAUCCUUAUUGUUCCUCAGGGUGAUCAUGCCAUACGGCUAGGGAAUGAUGCUAGUGUCAGGCAGGUGGUGCAGGUUGAGAAGGGCUCAGAGUAUGCUAUCACAUUCAGCGCUGCCCGGACAUGUGCACAGCUGGAGUCACUGAAUGUGUCCGUGCUAGGUGGUGCAUCACAGACGGUGGACUUGCAGACAUUGUACAACAUUGAAGGCUGGGAUGCAUAUGCGCUGGCUUUUCAGGCAACGGAAGAGCAGGCACAUCUUCAAUUCAUGAACCCUGGCAUGGAGGAUGAUCCGACUUGUGGGCCUAUCGUUGACAACAUUGCUGUCAAGAAGCUGUUCACUCCAGACAAACCAAAGGAUAAUGUGGUGGUCAAUGGUGACUUUGAGGAGGGUCCGUGGAUGUUUCCAAACACGAGCUUCGGAGUGCUGCUCCCAACCAACCUGGACGAACAUACUUCUGCCUUACCUGGCUGGAUGAUCGAGUCAAACCGUGCAGUGCGCUACAUCGACUCUGAUGAAUACAGGGUUCCCCAGGGGAAACGGGCCAUUGAGCUUCUGUCGGGCAAGGAGGGCAUCGUCUCCCAGAUGGUUGAGACCACCCCUCAGAAGGUGUACAGCCUGACGUUCACGCUGGGAUCGGCGGGGGAUUCAUGCCAGCCACCGAUGGCCGUCAUGGCUUUUGCAGGCGACCAGGCCCAGAACUUCCACUACUCACCGAUGGGCAACGCCACCAGCCAGGCCGCGAACGUGACAUUCACGGCGCGGGCCGAGAGGACGCGCGUGGCGUUCUACAGCGUGUACUACAGCACGAGGAGCGACGACCACAGCUCGCUGUGCGGGCCGGUGAUCGACGACGUCCGCGUCUGGGCCUUGAACGCGGCUGCUGGGUUGAAGGCAAGUCUUGGGCUGCUGCUUGCCGUUGUUGGUGUCGUUGGGUUGGUGCUGUUCUAAAUUUCUCUGUGGCUAUGGUCUGAGUAUUGUCAAGGAUGCAUAACCUCUUCUGUAAGUCUGAGGAGGCUAGUAGUUUUGGUAGUGAGCUUGGAGUUUGUACCUGGUUGAGUAAUGUGAGCUUGGGCUAAAGCUACCAGAACAUAUAUGUGGUUGCUUCUGUUACUUCCUCUGUGAUCCAGGAAGUGACAUGCAAUUAUAUGGGAUUGCGUGGUCGGUGUGCCAAGAGCUUGUAAUGUGAGAUGUCAGAAUUGAUCCAAGUUCAUCUCUUUAAUGUAUUAGAAAUUUGAAGGGCUCGUCUGCUUU